AUGCAGUGGUGUCAGCGCUCCAGUCCCGGCGGCGUUGGCGGUGGCGGCCGCAGGGGACGGGGACUGGCGCGCGUGCGGCGGGCGCGGCUCGGCUCGGUUCGGCGGGCGCUCGCGCUGCGCUCCAGCUCGGGCCCCGGCUCCGCGCGGCUCCGCUCCUGGCUCCCCUCUGGCUCCUGGCACCAACUCCGGGCACCGCCGGAGGGGUCGGCCGAGUCACUAGCGCAAACACGCACCCCGCCCUGCGCCCUUCCCCCGCCACCCUCGCCUCCCGCGCCGCCUCCGCCCCGCCCCGCCCAGUCACCCGGGGACGGCCUGACAGACACUCAUUAUUCCCCGGAGCCGGGCGCCGCCCCGCCUGCCCAACCUGUCCCGCGAAGCGCGGUGCAGCCGUGGGGCUGGGCGUGCGCGGCCUCCGCCCUCCGCCCGGCCCCGCGCCCCCGCCCUGGAGCCCCCGCCCCGAAGUCCCCUCCCUGUAGCCCUCCGCCCGGGAGCCCGCGGCCCCGCCCGGCCCGGACCCGCCGCCGCGCCGCCGCCCGAGCCCGGGGGGAAGGAAGGGCGGCGCUGGCCGCUCCGGGCGUCACAGCGCUGCAGCCCGCUGCGCCGCUUCCAAAACACACAGCCGGGCUCGCGGGCGAGCCGAGGCGGGGGACCCGGGACGGUCGGGGCCAUCAAUCAGCCGACUCCGGCGGGAAGGGCGGCCCCGGGGCGUGGCGGGAAGGGCUGGGCCCCGCGCCCAGCGCGGCCCCUCCUGGGCCCAGCGCAGACAACUCUCUUAAAGAAAAAGCAGAAAAAGGCACCGCUGGUGAAGCAGCGGGUGGACGGGGGCGGAUUCGGGAGAGAAAGAGCGGCGAGGAAAGGGAGGGCAGUUAG